CAUUACCAAUUGCUGACCGGAGUAGCUCUGAUCGCGCAGAAUGGCUCCUAAACCCAACCUCACGGGCUUCGACCCGCAAAAGCUCGCCGCAUCAUCCGGCAUGCCAGCCAACGACCCAUGGAAGCGAUAUGAAGCGUGGAGAUACACAGGACCCUUCAGCACACGCAAUCGCUUCCGGCGCGCCUUCCCUGGUCUCGGCAUAGCCACCGUUGCAUUUGCCGGCUACCUUGUCUUCGAAGCCGUGUUUCUGAAGGAGGAGCACCACGGACAUGACAAGAAGGAUGAUCACCACUAGAAUGUGCAUUGUAACGUGGUCAGAACGGGGAAUCUUUUGUUCAAGGCGUUUGGGAAGCCUGCGGUGUCCAACGCUGCGUGUGGUUGAACUGUACAUAUAUACCAUGGCGGAGACAUACAGCUACAAGGAAAAGCCUAUGGGCAGGCGGUGACAUGUUCGGGAGUGCGGGAAUUGUACUCAACAUCAUCCUAGCUUACCGUAUCAAGAAAGUCGACCAACGAAGUGUCCUUUCGUAAAGCCUGCCCCUAGAUCAGUUACCGCAGCUGAUGAAACAGGAAGUGCACAAAGGUCUAUAUUCCAGUCAACCUUUAUUGAUCUUAACGAAGUGAAAGAACGAAAUAUAGUCCUUCCCACCGGCUCAGAUUCUAUACAGACGUAAUGUUAUAAGUAAACAAUCCGUCCGACGACUUAUCGGAGUCUGGCAAUGGGAG